GUGCGCCUGGGGGGCUGGUUGGAGGCGUGUCCAAGCGAUGCUGACAUCACAGGGCGGGGCGCUCUCCUUGUAAGACAGUGAAGCUGGGGGCAGCGGAGCUCACUUGAGAUCCUGAGUGGCACGGAGCCGCUUCUCCUAUGGUGAUCCCCUCCCUGCCAAUCAUGUUCCUGAGGAGCAGCGUCUCGAGCCUCCUCCGCGCGCAAGUGCAUUGCAUUCUGACGAGAUCUGUCCACUCUGUGGCUGUGAUCGGAGCCCCUUUCUCUCGGGGACAGAAAAAGGAAGGAGUGGAAUAUGGUCCAGCUGCCAUUAGAGAAGCUGGAUUGCUGAAGAGGCUCUCCAAAUUGGGAUGUCACCUAAAAGACUUUGGAGAUUUGAAUUUUACUAAAGUUCCCAAAGAUGAUCCGUACAAUAAUCUGGUAGUGUACCCUCGCUCGGUGGGCCUUGCCAACCAGGAACUGGCUGAGGUGGUUAGCAGAGCUGUGUCAGGUGGCUACAGCUGUGUCACUAUAGGAGGAGACCACAGCCUGGCAAUAGGUACCAUUAGUGGCCACGCCCGGCACCACCCAGAUCUCUGUGUCAUCUGGGUUGAUGCUCAUGCUGACAUUCACACACCCCUCACCACGAUAUCUGGAAAUAUCCACGGACAGCCACUUUCUUUUCUCGUCAGAGAACUACAAGACAAGGUACCACAACUGCCAGGAUUUUCCUGGGUUAAACCUUGUCUCUCUUCCCCAAGUAUUGUGUACAUUGGCCUAAGAGAUGUGGACCCUCCUGAACAUUUUAUUUUAAAGAAUUAUGACAUCCAGUAUUUUUCCAUGAGAGACAUUGAUCAAAUUGGUAUCCAGAAAGUCAUGGAACAGACAUUUGAUCUGCUGAUUGGCAAAAGACAGAAGCCAAUCCACCUAAGUUUUGAUAUUGAUGCAUUCGACCCUAAACUGGCUCCAGCCACAGGAACCCCUGUUGUAGGGGGAUUAACCUAUAGAGAAGGAGUAUAUAUUACUGAAGAAAUACAUAAAACAGGGUUGCUGUCAGCUCUGGAUCUCGUUGAAGUCAAUCCUCAUUUGGCUACUUCAGAGCAAGAGGCCAAGGCUACUGCCAGCCUAGCAGUAGAUGUGAUUGCUUCAAGUUUUGGCCAGACAAGAGAAGGAGGACAUAUUGUCUAUGACCACCUUCCUACUCCUAGUUCACCAGAUGAAUCAGAAAAUGAAGAACGUGUGAGAAUUUAGGAAAUACUGCACACUGGCACUUCUCACAAUGGCAUUCCAGAGCUGCAAGGCAUUUAAGGGACAGAUAUUAAAUGGCUGUCUGGAUCAAUACUGCCUUACUGAGAACAUCUGUGCACUUGUAAAAAUUCCUUUCUCUGUUUGGUGACCAAUACCACUGCUGUACGUGUAUUUGUAGUUUUUUGACGUUUACAAGAUAUUAAUGUUAUCUGAAGGAGUCAUAAACAGCAUUUAUUACCUUAGU